AUGGAUAUGAGUGUUAUUUUGCCAGAAGAAUACAUAUCAGAUGCCAUCUUCUAUACAUGUGCUCGAGAUGCAUGCAAAUUCGCUGUGGUGUCAACUGUCUUCAAAUCAGCUGCGGAUUCAGAUGCCGUGUGGGAGAAGUUUCUGCCGUCUGAUUACCAAGAGAUUAUUUCCGGUUCGGCCACGCCGUCAAUGCUGACUGCCCAGUUGUCCAGGAAGGAUCCUUAUCUUCAUCGUUGCCAUAACCCCAUCAUCAUCAACAAUGGUACUAUGUGGUCAUCUCUGCAAGAAUCUAGGUUAGGUGGAGUGGCUGAACUCAAUUUUGUGUUGUGGCUUGAUGUGAAGGGAAAAAUAAAAACCAAAAUUUUGCCUCCCAAAACCACCUAUGGAGCUUACCUUCUGUUUAAGCUUGCUGAAUCUACAUCGGGUUUUAGAACAAGACCUGUGAAAUUAGGUGUAUAUUUAGACGGAAUAGAUAAUGGGAAGAGCCGCAUUGUGCAUUUAGAUCCUCCAAGAAAUAAGCCAACGCUAUCUCAUAACAGAGAAGAUGGAUGGAUGGAAAUUGAGAUGCGUGAGUUCUUCAAUGGAAAUGGUGAUGAUAGAAUGUUGAUUUGUAGUGUUUUUGAUUUCAAAGGAUUGAACAGUAAACGUGUCCUUAUUGUUGACGGAAUUGAGCUCAGGCCUAAAGAUGGAGCUAAAGAGUUGGUAAAUAAAGUAACUCGGCCAUAUCAAUGGCCUGAUGCUUGUCCAGCCGCUACAUAA